AUUUAAACAGAAAGAAAAUGCCUAAGAAAGAAGGAGGCCAGAUCACCUCGAAAGACAUUCAGGGAAUGAUUUCCAAGUGGGCGUCUAUCCCAUUCGGAAUUGUCGUUGUUCUUGUUGCAGGAGGAGCGCUUAAUCUUGUUCCAUACUUCCUCGAUCUCAAGGACAAGCUAGGAUUCGAGCCCAUCCACCAGGAGUUCAUCAGGUGGGGAGUCCUCUUCGGCUACUUCGGAGGUUUGUUGGCCGGACCAAUAGUCGACAUCAUCGGAACAACAAUAUCAUUCUUGAUUGCUGCCGUUAUUGCAGGAGCUGGAUUUGUAGGUCUUGCUUUUUAUACUGACUCCUCCAACGUUAAUACUUUCAAUUCCAUUGUGAUAGUCUCUUUGGUUUUACUAGUAUCAUUCUCUUGUGCUAUUGCUACUAUUGCUUCAAUUGCUACAGUCAUCAAGAAUUUCUCAAGAAACGUUGGAGCUUUGAUUGCAGCCGUUAUGAUCUCAUAUUAUUAUGCUGCUCAAUACUUUGACACUAGCAUCAGGAAUGGAUACUUCGAAGACUUGGAUCUGAAAGUGAAUAUGCUUGUCUCAGGGGGAAUCCAUUUCUUAGUUUAUGUUUUAGCUUCAUUCAUUGUUGAUGAGAAUGAACAAUCCAGAGAACUCAAGAGAGCUUCCUCUAUCACUGAUAGACUUGGAAUUUUCAUCUAUGCUGCCAUUGCCGGAUGUUUCCUUGCUGUAGUUUAUUUCACUUGUAUCAUUGCUGAACAAUAUCAACUCUCUAUUGUUCUCAUGAGUGUGAUUAUCCUUGCUAACUUCGUAGCUCUUGCUUUUACAGUCCAAGCUAUGAUUGGUCAAAUCGAAAAUAAUGAUCUUUCCGGCAUUAGAGAUGAGCCAAUGCCUCCAAAGAAAAACUUCGCUCAGAUGCUAGCUGAGGGAAGGUAUUGGUUCUUGCUUAUUGGAACUUUCAUUGUCAUUGGUACAGGAUCAACUUACUUUAUUAAUGCUUCAGAUGUUGCUACAGCAGUUGGAAAUGCAGAUCUUGCAGAUAAGGUCGACUAUGCUUAUUGGAUUAGCGCAGUUUCCGCUAUUCUUGGAGGUGGUAUGGUUGCCGCUCUAUUUAAUCAAUUUAUUAAUGCUUGGCUCUUUGCUGCUAUUGCUGCCUUUGCUUCCAUGGCUGGAUUUGCAUUAGUAUUUUUGUCACAGACUAAUGAUUUCUUCUAUUACCUCUCUGCCUUCUUUAUUGGAGCUGGAACAGGAGGAUGGUGGGUCGUUGUUCCUCAGAUCAUUCUUGAUGAUGCUGGACCAAAAUCAUUUGAAAGUUUGUGGGGAAUGACUCUUAGUGUCAAUUCCUUUGGUAUGUUUGUAUUUGACAGAUUCUUUUGGUGGGUGAGUGAAAAGACUGAGCCAACAAAGCCAGGAAACUGCGAUGGAACAUCAUGUUAUCUGAUUACGUUCGUAGCAUUCGGAGCCUUAUGUAUGAUAGCGGGUAUUUUAUGUCUUGUUGGAUUAAGCCAAGAUGAAGGAACUGGUGGAGAUAAUGAUGAAAAAAGACCUCUCAAAAGCUCAGAUGCUAAUUCAUCAGGAAGAAGAUCUAGAUCAGGAAAGAAAGACAAGGGAGACAAGAAGUCUAAGAAAUCUUCAUCCAAGAAAAAGUCAAAAUCAAAAUCAAAAGCCAAGAGAUAAAUAAGAUAUAU